ACAAUCGCUCUCCUCACAACCACUCCUGUUAACUCUCCUACACUUUACUUCCUAUCGUUCGCGUGAGUUUUUGAUCAUUAUAAUCUCCUGUAUAUACGAGGCUGACAUCGAGCCAUAGAAUGCAGAUUUUCGUUAAGACGCUCACCGGCAAGACCAUCACUCUCGAGGUCGAGUCGUCUGAUACCAUCGAUAACGUUAAGGCCAAGAUCCAGGACAAAGAGGGUAUUCCACCUGACCAGCAGCGUCUCAUUUUCGCUGGCAAGCAGCUUGAGGAUGGUCGCACACUCUCCGACUACAACAUCCAGAAGGAGUCUACCCUUCACUUGGUCCUGCGUCUCCGUGGAGGCAUGCAAAUCUUCGUCAAGACCCUCACGGGCAAGACGAUCACGUUGGAGGUGGAGUCUUCUGACACCAUCGACAACGUGAAGGCGAAGAUCCAGGAUAAGGAGGGCAUCCCCCCUGACCAACAACGUCUUAUCUUCGCCGGCAAGCAGCUCGAGGAUGGGCGUACCCUUUCCGACUACAACAUUCAGAAGGAGUCUACCCUCCAUCUCGUGCUCCGUCUUCGUGGCGGUAUGCAGAUCUUCGUCAAGACCCUCACGGGCAAGACGAUUACGUUGGAGGUGGAGUCUUCUGACACCAUCGACAAUGUCAAGGCGAAGAUCCAAGACAAGGAGGGCAUCCCUCCCGAUCAGCAGCGCCUCAUUUUCGCAGGCAAGCAGCUCGAAGACGGGCGCACCCUUUCCGACUACAACAUUCAGAAGGAGUCUACCCUCCAUCUCGUUCUCCGUCUUCGUGGCGGUAUGCAAAUCUUUGUCAAGACCCUCACGGGUAAGACGAUCACGUUGGAGGUCGAGUCGUCGGACACCAUCGACAAUGUCAAGGCGAAGAUUCAGGACAAGGAGGGUAUCCCACCGGACCAGCAGCGUUUGAUCUUUGCCGGAAAGCAGCUGGAAGAUGGGCGCACGUUGUCAGAUUACAAUAUCCAGAAGGAGAGCACCCUUCACCUCGUACUUCGUCUUCGUGGUGGACUUUAAUACUGAACGUUGUUCUCGCAUACCUAUCGUUUACUUAUCAUUACCGUGGUAUCCUGUUGUAGUAUUACCCCAUCAUUAUUGCAUCGUACUGUGAACAAGUAACUGGUUCGAAGUCCAGCCGUGGUAUCUUCGGCUUCGUUACGACCAUG